UACAACAGUUGUAACCUGCAAAAAAAACUCAAAAAAUAUCAUUGUUAUUUGUAGUAGAAAUGAAUUAAUCACAUAUUUUGUUUCUCUCUCUACUUUUGGUUUGAAUCGAAAAAUACCAUUCUUUCUCUCUCUCUCUCCUGAGUCCAGAGGUGUCCCCAUGUGCCGACCACCUCCCUUAUUUCCAUGGCGCGCCCUAAUCUAGGGUUUUUCCCCUGCUAAUUUCACUAACAAUCGAUCUCACUUCAAUUUCUUCCCGAUUCUUGCACAGCUUUAAUGGCGGAAAGACGACUUACUAGAAUUAUAGUUCAAGCUUUACCUUGCGUUGACAAACCAGUAGUUCGAGCUUCUUUUAGAACUGUUGAUCUUACGGAAAAUGUCAGUAAAACCUCCGAUUCUGAGGUAGUUCGAGCUCCUGUUGCUCCAAUGGCGGAGGUUGAACUUCGGAAGAAGCGUGGUCGACCGCCGAAGAAUCCUGGUGCUGCACUUACUGCUACUGUUGCUUCUUCUUCUUCUUCUUCUAUUGGUUUGGCGAAUAAUAAUAAUAAGAGGAGUAAGAAGGAGGAUGAGGAUGUUUGUUUCAUUUGUUUCGAUGGCGGAAACCUCGUGCUUUGUGACCGCAGGGACUGCCCUAAGGCCUACCAUCCUGCUUGUGUUAAACGAGACGAGUCGUUCUUUCGCCGAAGCAUACGAUGGAAUUGCGGUUGGCAUUUAUGUAAUUUCUGUCAGAAAAAUGCUCUCUUUAUGUGCUACACGUGUCCCUACUCCUUAUGCAAGGGUUGCGUCAAGCAGGCAGAUAUUUUGUGUGUCAGAAGGAACAAAGGAUUUUGUAGAACAUGCAUGACAACUAUUAUGUUAAUUGAGAAGAUCCCUCAGGAAACCAAGGAGCAGCAGGUCCAAGUAGAUUUUGAUGACAGUACUAGUUGGGAGUAUCUUUUUAAAGUAUACUGGGUAUAUUUGAAAGAAAAGGAAGCUCUGACUCUAGAUGAACUGACUCGGGCUAAUAAUCCUUGGAAAGUACAUACCCUUGAUAAUGACAAUUUGCAGCAGAAAAGAGUUGAGACAUGUCUCAAUAAUGUUUCUGAGCCGAGCAUAAGCAAUGUACAACUUGAAACAAAUGCUUCAAAAAGAAGGACUACCAGAAAACAGGCACAGUUGCUGAAUCUGGAUUCACAAAAUGCUUACGACCCAGAUGAUAACAAAGCAUCAGGUGUCCAGCCAGCAGCUGACUGGGCAUCUAAAGAACUCUUGGAAUUUGUCGCUCACAUGAAAAAUGGUGAAACAUCGUUCCUAUCUCAGUUUGAUGUUCAGGCUCUUCUAUUGGAAUAUAUAAGAAAAAACAAUCUCCGUGAUCCUCGCCGUAAAUGUCAAAUUAUUUGUGAUAGAAGGUUGGAGACUUUGUUUGGUAAAGAUCGUGUGGGUCAUUUUGAAAUGCUUAAGCUGCUUGAAUAUCACUUUAAAGAAGAGUCCCGUACCAAUGGUGUCGUUAGGGGUGCAGCUAUUGACCUUCAUUUUGGGCAACUUGAGAAUGAAGGGAUUAAUGGAGAUAGUCAGACUCCAAGUAGAGAAACUAGGAGGCAAAGUCGUAAAAAGGCUGAAGAAAAAGUUCGACAAAUUAAACUGGAUAGCUAUGCAGCUAUUGACGCUCACAACAUUAAUUUGAUAUACCUUAAGCAGAAUUUGUUGGAGAACCUGAUGGUAGAUAAAGAAAAUUUUCAUGAUAAGGUUGUUGGUUCAGUUGUUCGAAUUAGAAUAUCAAGCAAUGAUCAAAAGCAAGACAUGCAUCGGUUGGUUCGAAUCAUAGGUACAAGCAAAGCAACUGAGCCAUAUAGAAAUAGUGAUAGGACGGAGAGUUUCAUGCUUAAGAUAUUGAACUUGAAUAAGAUAGAAGACAUUGCUAUCAAUGAUAUUUCAGAUCAAGAGUUUUCUGAGGAUGAGUGCAGACGUUUACGCCAAAGUAUAAAGUUGGGACUUGUUGAGAGAAUGACAGUGGGGGAAAUUCAGGAAAAAGCGGUGGCGCUGCAAACAGUGAGGGUUAGUGAUUGGCUUGAAACAGAGUUAAGGAGGCUUAAUCAUCUGAGGGAUCGAGCUAGUGAGAUGGGGCACCGCAAGGAGCUUAGGGAAUGCGUGGAGAAAAUAGAGCUGCUGCAGGCACCUGAAGAACGCCUACGUAGGAUUCAUGAAAUUCCGGAUGUGCAUGCUGAUCCAAGAAUGGAUCCUAGUUAUGGGUCUGAUGAUGAUUCUGGCGAGUCAGACAUCAAGAAACGAGAUGGGCAUAUGACACCAAAAUACUCCAAUGCAAAUGCAAAAGGUGUAGAGUUGCUUUCUCCUGUAAGAGCAGGGAGUAUGCCGAAAGAUGCAAGGUCACUAAAAACUGCUGUUACCAAUGGGGAGCGCAAGAGAAAAAACCCUGCUAAGUUUCAUGUGGGGAAAGCUGAAAGUGCUACAAGGCCCCUUGAGUCCCCAAACAAAACUGGGAGAGUUGAUGCUGCAUCUAAGGAUCUGGAAGAACUCAACAAUCGAUCAAAUGCGGGUGUCAUCUCUAGUGAUCAUGGUGUAACAACUGGAUCGGUUUCUCAGAUGGCUUCUGAUACGGUAACAGCUCUUUCCUCGCGGAUGCUCCUUGUUUCUGAUAUUACUGAACUCGAGAAGAUUUGGCAUUAUCGGGAUCCUUCAGGCAAAGUCCAAGGACCAUUCUGCAUGUUGCAACUGCGCAAGUGGGAUUCAAAUGGUUUUUUCCCUACUGAUUUGCGAGUUUGGAAGCUUAAAGAAACUCCAGAUCAGUCCAUACUUUUGACUGAUGCGUUAAAGAAGCAGCAAUCUACUAAGCCUGAGAUUGAGCCUCAUGUCGAGCAGCAUUCAUCCUUGCCAUCUUAUCGUGGAGCUGAAUCUGAUGACAGAAAAGUUAAUUCGGUUGAGGAAUUGAGCAGUAAUGCUGAUGUCCCUUCUGUGGGUCACAUGCCAAAUGAAGAAGGCGAAAAUAAAAACUUGACUGACAUAACUGCUACUUCUGAGGCUUAUAAACUGCCAGCGAGUGGUUGCAGUAGUUUUCUGGUGUCUGAUAAUCAAGGUGGCAUAGUUGAUUCUUCUGGGCUUGAUAUGAAAGCACGUCUUAUUGAAAGUUUGUUUGACACUGAAGAGCCAAGUUUUGCAGCUACUCCUACCGGGUCUUCUGAAACAAUGCAUGUUACCCUUAAUUGUGAGUCAUCUCAUCCAUCGACUUCCACAUCUAAGUCUGAUAAUGCAGACUUGGAUAUUCAGCCAAUGAAAAGUCAACCAGCCAGUCCAAAGGACGAUCGACAAGAUUUUCAAACUGGCUGGGGCUUGACUUCUAGUGGUGCCGAAGCUUCUGAUCUUCCAAAUUCAACGCCAAAAUCCAACUCCGUGGACUUGAAGAACCUCAAUUUGGAGAAUAAGCAUCAUGUUGUGUCAAAAGACUUUGAUGCUAACUGUGGAACAGAAUCUAGUGUUACCGAGUUUUCGCAUCUGCCAAGUGUAAGGCCAAAGACGGAAAAUAAGGACGUGAAUGAUCAUUUUACAGUAAAUAAUUCAGCUGCUUCAGCUAUAUAUGAGCAAAAUCCAGGUACGUGUACAGUAUCUGGGGGAAUUGACGUCUCUUUUCUGCCUAGUGCUUCUCCAGAAGUGGAGAAUGAGGGCUUAAAGCCUCAUGCUGUAGAAAAUAGGCAUCGCAUUUCUUCAAAUGCUUCUAGACAAGAUUCAGAAGGUAUCUGGGGCGGUAUUUCUAGUGAAGUUGAUAUUUCUGUUCUGCCAAGCAAUAAAUCAAACAAGGAGAUUCCUAAAACACAUGCUGUAGAAAAUAAAAAUUAUAAUAGCUCUAAUGUUCCUGAGCAAGUUUCUGGUACUAGCUGGAGCACAAUAUCUGGUGGGAUUGUGUUUUCUGAUCUACGAAAUGCUGCUCCAAAUUUGGAGAGCAAUGGUUUGGAGACUCCUGUAGAAAAUAAAGAUUGUGUCAGUCCAGAUGUUCCUGGGCAAGAUCGAGGAACUAGUUGGAGUGCCAUGUCCGAAGGAAUAGAAUUUUCUGAUCUUCCUACUACCUCACCAAAGCUGGACGCAGCUUCGAGAGGUCACGCAGUGGGAAAUAAAAGUUCAGUGAUUCAGGACAUUCCUGGACAAGAUUCAUGUAUUAGUUGGAGCACUGCUUCUAGCCUGGUAGGCAGGGAAGUACACCUCCCUGAUGUUGCCAGUGAAUGGGGUGCAUAUUCCACAGUGCAUACGAAACCUGCUGACUUUAACUCUUGCCUUGUCUCUGGCUCAUCAGUCAAGCUGGUGGAAGUUGCUGGAGAGCACGCUACCCCAUCUCAUAGUUGUCAUAUGACUAAUCUACAUUGUGAUACUUCAAGCUGGCAGCCUAUCGAGCUCAGCACUUUGGGUGAUGAAUCUGUUUCUGAUCUUUUGUCGGAAGUGGAGGCAAUGGAGUCUUUGAGAGGCAUGUCAUCCCCAACUUCUAGGAUGAAUUGUGGAGAUGACUCAAUUGACUCUCCAGUUAAUGAUUGUUUUAGUCCUCUUGGAGGGUUGAGCCCAAAUAUCGAUCCUGGAAAACAUGAUGCCUUGAGUUCCACAUCCGAUAUGCAUUUUCAUGUCCAGCCUAAUAUCACAGAACAAUCACAUGGGUCGUUUUCCGUUAUUGGUGAUCUUUCAAGAACUACCUGUAUCCUCUCUACUGUCUCUGCAGGUAUUGGAAGCCCUGAAGUGGAAGAAGUCAAGCCACUUAUUGCUUCUAUGCCGCAUCAGAAUUUUGUUUCUAGAGCUCUAGUGUCUGCUCUACUGCCACCCCCGCCACCACCACCACAACCAUCGCCACCAUCACAACCAUCGCCGCCACCACCACCACCACCACCACAACCAUCGCCGCCACCACAACCAUCACCACCACCACCACCACAACCAUCGCCACCGCCACCGCCACCAUCAUCAUUACCGUUACCAUCUCCACCACCACCACCACCACCACCACCAUCACAAGAAGACAAACCAUCUUCACAGCCUCGGCAACCAACACUUUCCACCUUGAGCCUCAACUGCCCAUCAAGCCCUCGUGAGGAAGGAGAGGUGGACCCUGCUUCCCUUUCAUUGCCCUUGCCAAAGGCAGGUCUUGAUCAUCGACCUUCUCCACAUAUUUCAAGCAUGAAAGUAGUAACUUCAGAAGCUUGGAAACAAGGUUCCGCAACACCUGCGCAUUCAAGUGGUAAAAUACCUGGAACAAGUUCAAUUUUGGGAAAUCCAAACUUGCAUUGGAGUAACUCUAGUCCAGGGAUGGCUGCCAUGAGUGUCAAUGCACAUUGGAACACUUCAGUGGUAAGCCCCAGCGCUAGAGGUUCAAGUCAGACAUCACCAAGAUAUAAUCAUAGCACAGGAAGACAUUCUAGUUCUAAGGACAGAAGUCACCAUCACCAUGGUGCAGAUGCAAAUUUUAGUAAGAGUAGGCCAACUUCAUGGAGCAGACAAUCUUCUUUUGGUGGAGGUGGAGGCUCUUCAAGGCCGCCUCCUAGAGGACAGCGUGUUUGUAAAUUUUACGAGAGUGGGUAUUGCAAGAAGGGUGCAUCCUGUAAGUAUUUGCACCCUUAGUUUGAAGAUAUCCACAUCGAUUUGUAUCAAUUAAAAUCUUUGUAGAUUGUAAUUGUUGUAUAACGAUAUUUGUUCCAUAAAUUGAAGAUCUUAGAGGCGGAGGAAAUCCAAAAACCUGCAGUCAUAACUCA